AUUUUCCACCCCCACCAGCUUACUACCACUCUCCUCACCCCUAAUAAAAAAAAGCCGGCGCGGUAUUCACGUUCGUCGCCGACUUUAACCUCUCCGUUCCGGCGAGAGGGGGGCGGAACAUGAGAUCCGGCGCCGACUUCUUCGUCCUCUGCCUUUCGCUCUCCCUCCUCUCCCUCAUCCCCACCGCCCACCCUCUCGGCUUCCGCCCCCCUCGCCUCGGGAACGGCGCCUACCUCACCCGUGAAGAGCGAUGGCUCGAUCAAACCCUAGAUCACUUCUCCCCCAUCGAUCAUCGCCAAUUCAAGCAGCGGUAUUACGAAUUUCUUGAUUACUUCCGAGUUUCCGAUGGACCUAUUUUCUUGAAAAUAUGUGGCGAAUCCUCUUGCAACGGAAUUGUCAAUGACUACACAGCUGUUCUAGCAAAGAAGUUUGGUGCUGCUUUGGUUUCCCUUGAGCAUCGAUAUUAUGGGAAGAGUUCACCUUUCAAGUAUUUGACAACAGAAAACUUAAGAUUUCUGUCCUCAAAGCAGGCUUUAUUUGAUUUGGCUGUUUUCCGCCAGCAUUACCAGGACUACUUCAACACAAAGUUCAAUAUUUCAAGUGUUAGUAGUUCCUGGUUUGUAUUUGGUGUUUCCUACUCUGGAGCACUCAGUGCCUGGUUUCGCUUGAAGUUCCCACAUCUGACCUGUGGGAGUCUUGCAAGUUCAGGAGUUGUCCUUGCCGUUUAUAACUUCACCGAAUUCGACCAGCAGAUUGGAGUGUCAGCGGGUGCCGAAUGCAAAGCUGUGCUUCAAGAAAUAACCAGACUUGUUGAGGAACAACUUCAAUCUGAUGGAAGAUCUGUCAAGAGCUUAUUUAGCGCAUCUAUGCUAAGCAAUGAUGUUGACUUCUUGUACUUUUUGGCAGAUGCUGCUGUUACAGCGUUUCAGUAUGGGAACCCGGAUGUUCUAUGCUCCCCUCUUAUCGAUGCCAAGAAAAAUGGUGAAGACUUGGUGGAAGCGUAUGCUCACUUUGUUAAAGAUUACUACAUUGAUAGUUUUGGUACUUCGGUUUUAUCAUACGAUCAGCACUAUCUGAAGAAUACAACUCCUAAUGAGACAGCCGCUCGAUUGUGGUGGUUCCAAGUUUGCACUGAAGUUGCAUAUUUUCAAGUCGCGCCUGAAAGUGAUAGCAUCCGUUCUUCAAAGAUUGACAUAAGGUACCAUUUGGACCUCUGCAAAAAUGUUUUUGGGGAAGGCAUCUACCCCAGUGUAGAUAUGACUAAUUUAUAUUAUGGGGGCACCAGAAUUGCUGGUUCCAAGAUAGUGUUUUCCAAUGGCUCACAAGAUCCAUGGCGCCAUGCAUCGAAACAAACAUCAUCAGAAGAUUUGCCAUCUUACUUGAUCAAGUGUCAUAAUUGUGGACAUGGUACCGACUUAAGAGGAUGUCCCCAGGAGCCUUUGAAUAUUGAAGGUGAUGCUACGAACUGCACAUCUCCUGAGGCUGUGAAGAAAGUAAGGCAGCAGAUCAUAGAUCAUAUUGACUUGUGGUUGUCCCAAUGCCAAGAUACAGGAGAUGAUGAUGAGCCUGGUUUGUUUCUAACAGGAAAAAGGAUGGUUUCUGCUCUUUGACCUAAUAUCGGCGAGCUAAUACCGGUAUAUGAACUUUCUCAGUUAUGAGAAAAUGUGUCUGCUAACUAUGCCUACAUAGAUAGCUUACAUGCUGUGGAUAAUCCACGACUCAAUUGAACAAAAAUGAGUUUAUUAUUUUAUACAGUUAUUUAAAACCCCUAGUGUUUUACUCGCAAAGCUAUGAGGGGUUUCCGGUCAUCUUUAUUUUCAUGCGAUGAUCCAGCUGUGUAUCACCUUAUCCGCUUUACUCUUGAUGUUACUAUCUAAUCGAAAACAAGUUAUAUAUUUUCAUCUCAGAUUUCAUGAA